AUGACAACGAGAGAAACCAACGAUGAAGUCACCGUUAAAUGGCAGAAAUUAUUUAAGGGGUUAGACGAUAAUAAAUCACCCCCUACCGGAGCAGUCAAAGGGUUCGUGUUAUCGAAUUUCGCCCAAGAAAAUCAAGGUGUAACUAAUUGGCAGCCGGAAGAUUUUAAAAACGACCCGUGGUUCAUCGAUUACAUUCAAGAUGCAGAAAUGAAGCAAUUUACGAGACACUUAAUCGGGUUGUAUCAUAGUUUGGGGAGAAAAAUAAACGAUCAAAACAUUGAAAAGCAUUCAUCGUUGUUGUACGUUCCAAAUGGAUACUUUGUCACUUCCGGGGAUGUCAACGAGUUGGAGUAUUGGAGCUCUUAUUGGGUUAUCCAAGGAUUACUUUUGUGCGAAAUGGAUAAAACAGUGAAAGGAAUCAUCGACAAUUUUAUCCACCUCAUCAAACAAUUCGGUUUCGUACCUGGAAAGAAUCGUUUAUAUCACGCGAGUAGAUCACAACCCCCUUUAUUAACAUUCAUGGUUUGGGACUAUCUGCUUAAAACGAGGGAUUUUAAUUGGUUGAGGACAAUCGUAAAGUAUUUAGACCUCGAACUUCAAUGGUGGGUCGAAAAUAAACUCACCAAGGUGAAUAUUGACGGGUUGAG